UUCCCAUAUUCCCCAACACCAAUUCUUGAAAAACUUGCCAAUCCUUUCCGCCAUUUUCAAGAAAAUCUUUAAAUCAGCUGAACCCGCCAGAAGCCACCGCAGAUUUCGCCGGAAAAGGCAAAUCACACACACUAACAGACAAAAACACACACUUCCCACCACAACAACCAGCGCAGGAUAAGCUGUGGCCCACCAGGUCAACAACUCAGUCUCCGUUCAGUAUUCAUUAAUAGCUCUCUUUCUCUGCCAUGAAAACUACAUUUGUUAUAUGCUGCUGUGGCCGGUGAAGAGUACCCUUUUCGCCAUUAAUACGUAUCCUCACUCUGCUUUUAUUACCCCACCAGAAAGUGUAUCGCAUUCGGACAGACAGUCACAGGCAAGAACUUUGUUUAGGUUUUUGCAUUGAAAAGAUGAACCAAAGCUCGUGAUCGUCGAGAGGAAAACUGUCAGAGAGAACUUAGUAUAAAGAAAUGUGGAGACAUCAUGUUUGUAGAUUUCCAUAGAGUUCAGCAACAGAGGAUACUUUAGUUUUUGACAGAAACCAUGGAAGCCCGGCUCAAGAUUUUGCACCUUUUCAUGUUCUUGAUUCUUAACUCGGUGGCGGCUCAGCCUGUCCCGCGGCUGAGCUCUGAAACCGAGUGGCAGGCUUUGCUGGAUCUCCGGUCAGCACUUGGAAUUAGAGCUAAAGAUUGGCAUAAGAAGGCUAACCCCUGUCUGAAUUGGACCGGAAUAGAGUGCAAAGACGGUCAUGUAACAGGGAUAACCUUGUCCGGGUUAAGGAGAACACGGGAAGGAAAACUUAAUCCACGGUUUGCUAUUGAUUCUUUACCAAAUUUUCCUUUGUUAUCCACUUUUAGUUCAUCAGGGUUUGAGCUACCAGGGCAGAUUCCUGAGUGGUUAGGUGAAAGGCUAAGUAAUCUUGAAGUUCUUGAUCUCAGGUCCAGUUCAAUUUUUGGUUCAAUUCCAUCAUCACUUGGAAGUUUAAGCAGGCUUAGUUCCCUCUAUUUAUCCAAUAAUUCGAUUGCUGGGAAUAUGCCAACUGCAUUGGGGAAGUUAUUUUCAUUAUCGGUUCUUGAUCUUUCACAGAACUCAUUGACAGGGCAAAUUCCGGGUGAGAUUUCAGCUCUUGGAAAUCUCAGUAGACUUGACCUGUCUUCGAAUUACUUAUCCGGGGAGAUUCCUCUCAGUUUCGGUUCACUUUCUACUCUUAAGCAGUUGAAUUUGAGUAAUAACAGUCUGAGUGCUUUCGUUCCUGCACAGCUUGGGAAUCUUUCUCAGUUGAUAGAACUUGAUCUUGGGUUCAAUUCUUUCUUCGGCUCAUUGCCGAAGGAACUAGGAGGAUUGAGAAGUUUGAGGAAAAUGUUGGUUGGUAAUAAUCGGCUGGAGGGUUCUUUGUUAGAUGGCCUGUUUCAGGAACUCGCUCAAUUGGAGUAUUUAGUUCUUUGUGAAAAUUCUUUUGUCGAGACGCUGCCUGAUGCAAUAUGGUCAAUGUCCCAUUUGAAGUACCUUGACGUCUCUGGCAAUAAUCUCACCGGUGUAUUUCCAAAGCUUGUUGCUUCUGUCAAUGUCACUGAUGCUGUCUUUAACUUCUCUAACAAUCUUUUCUAUGGAAACUUGAGUUCUGGGAUCGGUAAGUUUCGUGUUGUUGAUGUAUCAAGCAACUAUUUUGAAGGGUCAGCUCCAAACAAUACGGGGAUCAAGAUUAUCCUUACAAAUAAUUGCUUUUUCAGUGUAUCAGGACAGAGGAAUUCAGAGGCCUGUUUGAAAUUUUACUCAGAGAGAGGUUUAUAUUUUGGUAAUGAUAGUGGCCGUGAGCCGCUUGAACCUCCAUUGGUACAACCUUCCAAGAGCAGAAAAAGACUGGUUUAUGUCAUGGUUGGAGUUUUUGCCGGGCUUGGCUUCAUUGUCGUUCUAAUAACGGGAAUAUUGUUGCUUCUGAAAGCAUGCAAUACUGGGAGUACAAAUCAUCAAAGAGAGAAUUCGAAUGUGAGACCUGUUGCAGGAGGAAUUGAGCCAUCUCAUAAGGUUUUCAUUGACUUGUCGAACGUUGGAGAGUCAUUUACCUAUGAGCAGAUGCUCGUAGCAACAUGCAAUUUCAGUACUGAGAACCUUAUCAAGCAAGGUCAUUCUGGAGAUCUGUUUCGCGGAACACUGGAGGGCGGGUACUCAGUAGUUGUCAAGAGAGUCGACUUACGUUCUACUGGAGCAGAAUCUAUCAUGUCGGAGCUGGAUUUAUUUGGCAGGGUCUCGCACCCGAGGUUGGUUCCACUAGUGGGACACUGCUUAGAGGAUGAACAUGAGAAGUUUUUAGUUUACAAAUAUAUGCCAAACGGAGAUUUGUCCAACGCUAUGUACAGACUAACAAAUGGAGAAGAAGAUCUACAGUCUUUGGAUUGGAUCACAAGAUUGAAAAUUGCAAUAGGCGCUGCCGAGGCCAUAUCAUACCUACAUCAUGAAUGCACUCCUCCUGUUGUCCAUAGAGAUAUUGAAGCUAGCAGUAUCCUUCUCGAUGACAAGUAUGAGGUGAGGCUUGGAAGUUUCAGUGAAGUUUGUGCUCCUGGAGCCCAUCAGAGUAUGAUUGCAAGGUUUCUUAGGACACCACCGACUUCCGGAAAACGGCCUUCUGGAUCAUCAACUGUUACUUGUGCCUAUGACGUCUACUGUUUCGGGAAAGUCUUACUUGAGCUGGUAACCGGGAGGCUUGGGAUAAGCAGCAGACUAAACGAUGCUGAUGCAAAGCAAUGGUUGGAGAGCAAUUUAACUUACAUCAGCAUACAUGAGAAGGAACGGGUGAUCAAGAUUGUCGACCAAUCUCUUAUAAUAGACGAGGAUCUUCUUGAAGAGGUAUGGGCCAUUGCAAUUGUGGCCAAGUCAUGCCUGAAUCCUAAGGCUUCCAGACGACCCUCAAUGAGACAUGUGCUUAAAGCAUUGGAAAACCCUUUCAAGGUUGUGAGGGAGGAAAAUUUCAGCUCUGGGAGGCUGAGACUGGGUUCGUCUAGGCAGUCCUGGACUGCUGCAUUCUUCGGUAGUUGGCAUCAUAGCUCAUCAGAUAGUUCUAAUACGUCGGCCCAGACGAACAGAGAAAUCAUUGGUGGUUUAAGGCAGUCUGAGAGAGUAGGGUCCCGUGGUAGUGGUGUGAACGAAUAUUCAUCUUCACAUAAAAGAUCAUCCAGUGAUGUUUUUCCUGAACCGGUCGAGAUGGCAGAUGUUGAGAGACAGGAUUGUGCUAGCUGAGGGUGGUGGUGGCGUUUGUCCAUAUAGUUCUGGGUUGUAAGUUAUCAAUAGGCUAUAAGAAGAACUUGUUACGGCCCAGCAGCCAAGUAACGAGUGGUCUGAAAAGACUGCCACUCUUGGGAACAGGCUGCUGUAGUUUUGCUAUACGGAUUGCUUGUGUUAAGUGUAGUUGCUCAAUCAGAUUUUUAAUUUGUACAGGAGAGCCUGCGAGAGGAGUUGGAUAUUGGUUGGAAUCAAUUUUGGAAGAUUA